GGUGUAAUGAGGGAGUUUCCAGUGUUCAGUUAUCCGAGUAGCGUCGUUCGUCAGAGUUGAACAUGGUCUUGGUCCAACAUCGGUUGUGGCUCUAGUUCUUCUACCAUCCAUCCUUCCUUCCUUCACUCCUCCCUACUUCCUUCCUUUCUUCUCAGUUCGUCAAUCCACUCAUUUCUUCUUCUUCUUCUUCAGUAGCAACAGCAUUCACUCGUCUGGUGCCUAGUGCUCGCCCAUUGUUCAAGCAAGGAGUGAGCGAGUGAUCUGUGAACAUGAUCGACCCAAGUUCGUCGGAAGAGGAAAGCGAGGAGGAACAACAAGAUGAUCCUCUACACCCACCACACCGUCAUCACCGCCACCAAGAGCCCAGCAGUGCGAACCUCGAGGUGCCCGGGAGUCUUCCCAGUCUUCCAAGGUCACUUUCACCUGCAAGUGCCGUGUCCUCCGAGACACUCAGUCAUAGCACUGGGGCAUCAAGAACCAAUUCUUUGCCUCGACCCACCAGUCCCAGCCCCUCGGUUGUCAGCGAGAAGGCAGAAGCUGAGCUCCAGGAUAAACAGGAACGCGAAGAAGAAGAGCGUAAACGAAAAAUUCAACUGUAUGUGUUCAUAUCACGAUGCAUUACUUACCCAUUUAAUGCUAAGCAACCAGGUGACAUGACACGACGGCAUACCAAAAUUACCAAGCAGCAACUGGAAGUAAUCCAGGGGCGUUUCCAGAGCUUCCUGAAGGGUGACACACAGAUUAUGGCAGAUGAGGCUUUUCAAAAUGCUGUACAGAGUUACUUUGAAGUUUUUCUUAAAUCUGAGAGGGUUAUGAAGAUGGUACAAUCAGGCGCUUGUUCUCAGCAUGAUUUCCGAGAAGUGUUCAGAAAUAAUAUUGAGAAGCGUGUUAGAUCACUGCCAGAGAUUGAUGGGCUUAGCAAGGAAACUGUACUUACUUCUUGGAUGGCAAAAUUUGACUGCAUUUUUAAAGUAGGUGACGACGACUCAAAGAGACCAUCCAGGAUGCAACAGCAGUCUCUCAACAGUGAGCUGAUCUUGUCUAAAGAGCAGCUGUAUGAUAUGUUCCAACAAAUCCUUGGAAUCAAAAAGUUUGAGCACCAGCUAUUAUUCAAUGCCUUGCAGUUGGAUUCUGCAGACGAACAGGCUGCUGCAAUAAGAAGGGAGUUGGAUGGUAGGAUGCAAAAAGUUUCAGAAAUGGAAAAGAACCGGAAACUGAUGCCAAAAUUUGUUUUGAAAGAAAUGGAAUCUUUAUAUAUUGAAGAACUGAAGUCAUCUAUCAACUUGCUGAUGGCAAAUCUGGAAUCUCAGCCUGUAUCUAAAGGAUCAAUGGAUUCCAAAUAUGGACUGCAGAAACUGAAGAAGUAUAACCACAGUCGAAGGAGAAGCUCUGUCUUAAGAUCACAAGGAUCAAUGGGCAAGCUGGAAGGAGAUUCAGCGGACAGUGACACUCAACUGACCAAGUUGGACGUUGUUCUGACUUUCCAACUGGAGGUGGUUGUAAUGGAAGUGAAAGGUUUGAAGUCUCUGGCUCCAAACAGAAUUGUAUAUUGUACUAUGGAAGUAGAGGGAGGAGAGAAGUUGCAAACAGAUCAAGCCGAAGCCUCCAAACCAAUGUGGGAUACUCAGGGUGACUUCUCAUCAACUCAUCCAUUGCCAGCUGUUAAAGUGAAAUUAUAUACAGAAAAUCCUGGCAUGCUGGCUCUGGAAGACAAAGAGUUGGGUAAAGUGAUACUCAGACCAACACCACUGUCAUCAAAGGUUCCUGAGUGGCACAAAAUGGUUGUUCCAAAGAACUGUGCAGAUCAAGACUUACGGAUAAAAAUUGCUUGCAGAAUGGACAAGCCUCUGAAUAUGAAACACUGUGGAUACCUUUAUGCAAUUGGAAAAGCAGUGUGGAAAAAAUGGAAGAAGCGGUACUAUGUUCUGGUGCAAGUAUCACAAUAUACGUUUGCUAUGUGUAGUUAUAAAGAGAAGAAGUCUGAGCCUUCAGAAAUGAUGCAGUUGGAUGGGUACACAGUGGAUUACAUUGAGCCUGCCAGUGCAAAUCUUAUGGUUGGAAUGGACUUGGAAGGAGGUCGCUUCUUCUUCAAUGCUGUGAAGGAAGGAGACAGUAUCUUGUAUGCAUGUGAUGAUGAAAAUGAAUGCCACUUGUGGGUAAUGGCAAUGUACCGAGCCACAGGACAGUCCCACAAACCAACUCCACCUGUAACACCAGCUGGCAAGAAUUCCACAAUUUCCAAAAUACAAGGCGAUGCUGACAGGGCAAGGAAACAUGGGAUGGAGGAAUUCAUAUCAGCUGACCCAUGUAAAUUUGACCAUGCCUCCCUCUUCAAAAUGCUACAAACAUUGACAUUGGAUUACAGACUUAAUGACCCAUAUUGUUCUCUGGGCUGGUUUAGUCCAGGACAAGUGUUUGUACUGGACGAGUACUGUGCAAGGUAUGGAGUACGGGGUUGUUACCGCCACCUCUGUUAUCUCAGUGACUUACUGGACAGAGCUGAGAAGGGCAUCAUGAUAGAUCCAACACUCAUCCAUUUCAGCUUUGCCUUCUGUGCUAGCCAUGUACAUGGCAACAGUGUACCUAACGGCCAGUCCCCCACUCUAAUGCUUAACCGUCCUUUACUUAGCACGGAGGUGCUUGAAGAUACCUCUGUGGCCAGACCAGAUGGAGUGGGAACAGUUACACAUGAAGAAAAAGAAAAAUUCCAAGAAAUCAAAGAAAGGCUGAGAAUAUUGUUGGAAAAUCAAAUCACAAAUUUCAGGUACUGCUUUCCAUUUGGAAGACCUGAAGGUGCUUUGAAAGCAACAUUAUCCUUAUUAGAAAGGGUACUCAUGAAGGAUGUAGUAACUCCAGUUCCCCCUGAAGAAGUAAGAAGCAUGAUCAAGAAAUGUCUUGAAACAGCAGCACUUGUGAACUACACCCGUCUGUCUGCUGAAGCCAAGAUUGAAGGUCUGAGCGAAGGUGGUGAAGGAACAGUUCAAGAUGACUUGAGUGGCGAGGUGAUGGUUGCCCCUAAUAAGAAACUGGAAGACCUCAUCCAUUUAGCAGAGCUGUGUGUUGAUCUUCUUCAGCAGAAUGAAGAACACUACGCAGAGGCUUACAGAUUGGACAAAGCAUUCGCGUGGUUCAGUGACCUUCUUGUGGAGCAUGCCGAGAUCUUCUGGUCACUGUUUGCCGUUGAUAUGGACCAAGUACUGGCUGAACAACCACCUGAUACAUGGGAUUCCUUUCCAUUGUUUCAAAUUAUGAAUGAUUAUCUUAGAACAGAUGACAACCUGAAGAAUGGACGGUUCCAUCAGCACCUACGUGACACAUUUGCACCAUUAGUAGUACGCUACGUUGAUCUGAUGGAGUCUUCCAUUGCACAAUCCAUCCAUAAAGGUUUUGAGAAGGAGAGAUGGGAAAUCAAAGGGAAUGGCUGUGCCACUUCAGAAGACCUCUUCUGGAAACUGGAUGCAUUGCAAUCUUUCAUUCGUGAUCUUCACUGGCCUGAUGCUGAGUUUCGGCAACAUUUGGAACAACGUCUCAAAUUGAUGGCGUGUGAUAUGAUAGACUCAUGUAUUCAAAGAACUGACAAUGCUUUCCAACAAUGGUUGAAGAAAGGUGUCACCUUCAUCUCCACUGACUACAUUAUUCCUUCUGAAAUGUGUGCCAUGGUGAAUGUGAUAUUGGAUGCCAAGAAUCAGUCAUUCAAACUGUGUGCAGUGGAUGGAGUGGAUGUGCAUCAAUACCAUACCAAGAUUGAUGACAUGAUUGAGAAGACAUCUGCCAGCAUGACCCAGGGUAUGAUCAGCAAGCUGAUGUCAGUCUUGGAGACAACACUGUCCAAGUUAUCGAGAUACGAUGAAGGAAGUUUGAUCGGGUCCAUCCUUAGUUUCACGAAUGUGUCUGGGUCUGGCAAAGAUAUGGGACAAGCUUAUGUCAACUUUACUCGUAACUGCAUGGAUCAGAUUCGUAGUAAGGUCAAUGAUGAGCUGUGGAUUUUAAAUUUCUUUGAACAGUGGUAUACAGCUCAGAUUCAACUGUUGUGUAACUGGUUGUCAGAGAGGCUGGACCACUCACUACACUUGUACCAGUGUACAUGUUUGGCACAUAUUGUGAAGAAACUCUAUUCAGACUUUGAAUUGCAAGGAGUGAUGGAGGAUAAACUUAAUUCAAAGACGUACCAAACAAUCUCACAACGUAUGCAAACUGAAGAGGCCACCUGUGCACUUACCAUGAGCACUCGGUGUGACAAUGAGGACUCUGAGGGAUACCCUGAAACAGGAAUUGAUGAUGAUGGAGACAGGAGUAAACCAAAGGUGACAAUCAGGGAGACUCUGGGAGAGGAUGGAAACUACGUGGCCAAGAUUACCAACGUUACCAAUAAUGUUGUCGGACGGAUGGGCAAUAUGUUUGGCAAAGGCAUUGGUGGUCUUACUAGCAAAUUUGGUGGUGGAAGCUGGUUCUAGAAUUGUAGUUAUUUUGUUGUAAUUUGUUAUUUAUCUUAAAAGGGCAUAUGUUGAGUUGUAUUGUGACUGAGCUCUGCCUGUGAUUGUUUGCCCUAGAAAAACCAAUAGACCGCUGUGUAAAGUCAACACUCAGCUACAUGGUGAAUCACAUAUGGGCAUACCAGUAUAUAUAUUAACAUGUAUAUAAUAUAAAUAUAUAAAUAUGAGAUAAAAAUAAGCCAGAGUAGUAGUAGUAGUAGUAGUAGUAGUAAUAUCUUACAAAUUACUUGAGUUAAUAUUUUGACAAAUUAUCUUGCAUAAUGUGUUUGACUGUUGGUAGGAUGUAGCUCGCAUGUGACCUCAGGCCCUUAAGCCAAAGGUUUACAUUGCAAGAUUAUUGUAUAUAUUAUAAAGGCAGCUCCAACACUA